GCGAGCGAGUGAACGAACGCCAAACAGCGCUUGUCUUUAAACUAUUCAAACAGCUUGUGACUGCGCAGAAGCUGUACACGGAGUUAUCAGCUGGCUUUUACGCUUCCUUAACGCGUCUUAGCUCAAGAUCAAACGGGAUUUAAUAAAACUGUACCAGAUGAAUUCUAUGUACAAGAAGAACACCGCGCUCAGGUGUUCAAAAAGAUAGGAACUCUCCGUAGGAACUCCGAGACAUUUUAUUGGAUUCAUUGUUUUGAGUUGAACUCAAAGUUCUUUUUGGACAGUUUGGAGCAAUCAGCGACCUCAUCAAUUGUGUCUUUUGGACUUCAGCGGAUGCACCAUGCUUUUGGACAGUCUUUGGGCAGCCCAGAUUCUACUGGUCUUAUCUGUCCCAACAUUGGGUUUGGACCGCGACCCCCAAAAUGCACCCCGUGUCUUCUUGUCCUUUAAAGAUCUAAGGUCUACAGAAACAGCACAUUAUUUCUCUUUCCUGCUGAACACAUCAGACUAUCGUAUUUUACGCAUGGAUGAGGAUCAUGACCGCAUGUACGUGGGCAGCAAAGACUACAUUCUGUCCUUAGAUCUCCAUGACAUCAACCACGAGCCCCUCAUAAUUCACUGGCCUGUUUCCCCACAGAGGAAGACUGAGUGUGUGUUAAGUGGCAAAGACACAAACGGCGAGUGUGGUAAUUUCGUCCGUCUGAUUGAGCCGUGGAACAGGACACACUUGUAUGUGUGUGGAACGGGUGCCUACAACCCUGUGUGCACCUAUGUUAACCGAGGACGCAAGCCCAUGACGGCUAUGCAUCUGCAGAUGCCUCAUACCAGAGGAAGAACUAGUCGUGCAGCUGAACCUGAAGUAGUGUUUGAUGAGACAGGACUACAGGAAUAUGUGUUCCAUUUGGAGCCUGGCAAGGAGGAUUCAGGGAAGGGAAAGUGCCCAUAUGACCCAAAGCUGAACAGCGUCUCUGCUUUAAUCAAUGGAGAGCUGUAUGCAGGUGUGUAUAUUGACUUCAUGGGGACGGACUCUGCUAUUUUUCGAACUUUGGGGAAAAACGCAAUCAUGCGUACUGACCAAUACAACUCAAGAUGGCUGAAUGACCCCUUGUUUGUCCAUGUGCAACUUAUUCCUGACAGCAAUGAGAAAAACGAUGACAAACUCUACUUUUUCUUCCGUGAAAAGUCUUCAGAGAUGGGUCAGAGCCCCAAAUCUCAGUCCCGCAUCGGCCGAAUCUGUCUGAAUGAUGAUGGGGGACACUGCUGUUUGGUCAACAAGUGGAGCACCUUCCUGAAAGCUCGCCUCAUCUGCUCAGUCCCGGGUGCCGAUGGGAUAGAAACACAUUUCGAUGAGCUCCGGGAUGUGUACAUACAACCCACGCAGGACACUAAAAAUCCGGUCAUCUAUGGGGUCUUCUCUGUUUCUGGCUCUGUAUUCAAAGGCUCGGCGGUCUGCGUCUACUCCAUGGCGGACAUUCGGAUGGUGUUCAAUGGACCAUUUGCCCACAAAGAAGGCCCUAAUUAUCAGUGGGUGGCCUACACUGGCAAAAUCCCGUACCCUCGCCCAGGAACAUGUCCUGGUGGGACUUUCACCCCUAACAUGAAGUCCACGAAGGACUACCCCGAUGAGGUCAUCAACUUCAUGAGGAACCAUCCCACCAUGUACAACGCUGUGUAUCCAGUGCACAAGCGCCCCCUGGUUGUCAGGACCAACGUGGACUACGAGUUCACCACCAUCACAGUGGACCAAGUGACUGCGGCUGACGGCAACUACGAGGUGCUCUUCCUGGGUACAGACAGAGGUACGGUGCAUAAAGUGAUUGUCCUGCCUAAAGAUGACCUGCAGACAGAGGAACUUGUGUUGGAAGAAGUGGAGGUCUUUAAGGUCCCUACUCCUAUCACUACUAUGAAGAUUUCUUCAAAACGGCAACAACUGUAUGUGGCGUCUGAUCUAGGCGUGACUCACCUGGCCCUGCACAGGUGUGAUGUCUACGGUGAGGCAUGUGCAGACUGUUGCCUGGCCAGGGACCCUUACUGUGCCUGGGACGGCAAGUCCUGCUCUCGGUACUCGGCAUCGCAGAAGAGACGCAGUCGACGACAGGAUGUGAAGUACGGAAACCCCAUACGGCAAUGCAGAGGAUACAAUUCUAAUGUCAAUAAGAACACGCUGGAAACAGUGCAGUAUGGGGUUGAGGGCAGCAGCACGUUUUUGGAAUGCCAGGCCAGAUCUCCUCAUGCGGCCAUCAAAUGGCACCUCCACCGAGACAACAGCGAUAGGAGGAGAGAGGUUCGCACCGAUGGGCGUGUGUUGAAGACAGACCAAGGCUUACUACUCCGAUCUCUCCAAUCCUCAGAUUCUGGCAUCUAUGUCUGCACAGCCACAGAGAAGAACUUCAAGCACACCUUGGUUAAACUUCAGCUGGUGGUUCUGACCAACCAGGCCGUUAACAACAUCUUGAUGGAAACGGGACGCCCGGUCGUCUCUUCACUCCAGUCCAGCACCUGGACCCCCAGCACCGGACAAUACAAAGACCUUCUCAACAUCCUCAGUCAGCCAGAGAUGGGCCUCAUAAACCAGUACUGCCAGGACUAUUGGCAGUAUGGAGACCCAUUGACAGGAGUCAUCAAGGCUAAAGACCUCAAAGAACUGAAGGAACAGAAGAAACCACGGAAUCGUAGACAUCAUGGAGACGAAGAGGAGACAUGAGUGGUUUAUGCAUUUUGGCCGCAACUGGUCCUUAUAGGAAAGACUUUCUUAAAAGUUCUAAAAGAGGAAAACCUGGAAAAAAGGAAAAACAUCCACCAACUGAAACUGAACUUUGCGAAAAAAAAAACAUACAGAAUUCCCUUUUAACACAUAAAGAUGAUAUCACACAGUAUUUAUUGUAGGUUGUAUAUAGUACCAUUCUGUGGAUUUCUUUGUACUUAAAUAAGAAAAUAAGAAUGCUCUUUAUGAAUAAGUACCUAAUGGGCAAAUAUUAUUGUAAUAUUAUUUUUAUUGCCAAAACUACAAUGAAACAAAAUAAAUCUCUGAUUUUCAUCUUUUAGGAAUUGACAACUAUUGUGUAAAUUGACAUAAACUCCAUAGACUAUGAACUAAGUUGAUCUGAGAAGGGUAAGGGAAGUGCGAGUGGCCCGAAGAUUCCCUUGCCCUUUGGACUCUAUGCAUGGAAAGACAUUUGGAAAAUGCGAGGUAGGAGGCACUAUUAGUCCCACCCUUCCAAGUGCAUUCUGGUCCCUCACUGGUUACAAUGACACACCAGCUCAUAUUGUCUUCCCUGAUGUCACUAUAUGCACAGCAGAUCUGUUUUCAUUGCACAAACUUUUAAAGGUAAUCAAGUGUCAUGGCACAAUUGUUUUGUGACAUGAAUGGACAGAAAUGUAAAACAGCUGCUUGAGGGCUCUUAGUUAGCUUUUGUUUAUUUUUGGCCACUUUUGAAAAGACUAAAAGCACAAUCCAUCUCACAUCAAAAGCCAUGAUGUCACAUUUCAAGAAUGAAUAAUUGGGUGAAUCUCACGAAAACAUGUCCAGGUUGCAUUUCACCACCCAAAAAAUCUCUCUCUCUCUCUCUCUCUCUCUCUGUCUCUCUCUCUCUCUCUCUCUCUCUCUCUCUCUCUCUCUCUCUCUCUCUCUAUAUAUAUUAUGUGAAGAAAAUGAAGGCUUUCAGGACCAUAAAUAUAUAUAUAUAUAUUUUUGCAUUGUGAUUUCAUGACAAUACAAUUUAAGCCUCCAUGCCAAGUUACGGUAAUGCGUUAUAUUUUUGUAAAUUGUUUGAGCCUUUUGUUAAUUUUUACCAAAUUUGUAUCAAACAUAUACUAACAUGAUAUAUAAAUAAAUACUUUUUAAAUGAGUAUUUCAAUUAUUAUUUUUAUUUUUAUUAUUAAUUUUUUUACAUUACAGUAAUGAGAAUUAGAUUUUUUUUGUUGCAUUAUGCUAAUUUGAAUGGGGUGAUUGUCAUUAUGCACAAUGCAAAAAAAAUAAAAAAAAUAAAAAAAAAAUAUAUUUUUUUAAAUAUAUCUAAAUUGACAUGAAAAAGGCUUAAAUUUACUUAUGCAAAAUAUUAUUAUUAUUAUUAUUAUUAUUAUUUAGAUUUUUGGGUGAAAUAUGAUUAUGAAAAUAUGUUCUUGACAGGUUUUAUGAGAUUCACCCAUGUAUGAAACAUAGCAUGAAUAUGAAUUUAGACAAACUGCUGAAGGCUACAAUAUUAGCAAAGGCACAUUCUGAUAUAUGACAUAAGCUACAUUAAAAUACUACACUUUUAAAAUGUGUUCACACUGUAUAGAGCAUUUUGUAAAGUGUUGAGUUUUUAAACUACUCAAGGUCUUGGGAAGCUGGCUUUUCAUUGUGUGCAUGAUUAUGUAGUGGUAUUGUAAUUACGAAAUUAAAGAUAGCUAUGUUGCAGUUCUUUCUGUUCAUAUAUUUUAUCGUAAGAUCAGUGUUGGCUGGGGAACUGGGGGUCUUUCUCUGUGCAUCUUAUAUGUGCAAAACAGAUGGCACCUCCACACCUUAAAAUGAUUGUUUUGUCAACAGUUGAUGGUAUUGUUACGUUCCCUGCAAAAUACCACAUGGCCCCAAAAGCAGACUUCUUCCUCCAGUUAUGAGCAGUGUUUUACAUCGAGAGAAUAUGGUUGUACAAUUUAUUGGUAUUUUUUAAAUGUGUCUUAAGAAAUGUUGGUGUUUUUAUUUUGUCGUCAGUUUGAGACUAAAUGCACAGGUGAAGUUAUUGUGAUAAUUAUGUAAAUGAUUUUCUUUUCCCUAUUGCUGUUGCUAACUAAUAAAUUAAAGCUCUAUAUUUUAUAGUAA